AUGGAAAACCUUCUGCCAUUUCUCCUUGUCUACAUUGCAGUGUGCGGUUCUGUGGCAAACGCGCAGUUGUCCUACAACACAUCUCACACUUAUCUGGAGCAGGCGCUGCGGCGGUUUGUGGAAUAUUAUCGCCUGGACCCCAUGACUCUACCGAAUGUGAACCAAUCUUUCGAAAGACGGGUAUUCUUCACGAGGUUCCGCGGACAAGCCACGCUGACCAAUGGCUCCCUGGUCGGUCUGUCAACAGUCCACAGGACGGAGUACUUCCACUUCUCGGCAACACGAAAAGGCAUUUAUGUUCACGCCGAUUUUGGGGCGGGUCCUCUCCAAUUGCUCUAUGCCGGAGAUGUGACCCUAAUCGGAAUGACUUACGCCGUUGACGUGGUCAUCGCGAUUCAGAAGAUUCGCGUCAUCUUGGAAGUCGUCGAAGAACUUGGAAAGGGUCUCAUGGUUAAGAACUUUCGAAUCAAAACCAUGGAAGGGCUGACCCUACAACUCAAGAAUCGAGGCACCUUCAGCUACAUGUUCAACUUGUUUGCGAAAGGAACCACGUAUUUCUUCGAGAAUUUGAUACGCGACAGAGUGGACAAUACACUGAGAUACGAGUUCAAUCAAGCAGCCAAGCAACUGAACGACUUUGUACUUCGAAAUUCAACCAUACCAGAAGAGACCAAUAAAACACUCACUGAGUAG